AUGUCUCCCAAGGGCCUAGGCUGGAUCAUAGUCGAUAGCAUAGACACCAUGAUGCUCAUGAAUCUGACACAGCCCCUCGCUGACGCCCGGAGAUGGUUGCACCGCAGCCUCACUUGGGACCAAGACCAAGACGUAAACACCUUUGAGACGACGAUCCGUAUGCUGGGCGGCCUCCUCUCAGCACACUACCUCUCAACCCAGCUGCCGCACGUCGCGUCCAAAAGAGACUCCCUCUACCUCUCCAAGGCGAUCGAUCUGGCGGACCGGCUCUUGGUGGCGUUCGACUCAAACUUUGGGAUCCCUCUUGCGAGCGUCAAUAUCGGCAAGAGGGAGGGGAUUGCAUCGCAUGCGGACGGCGGGGCUUCGUCCACGGCUGAGGCUGCCACUGUGCAGCUUGAAAUGAAGUACCUUUCUCAGUUGACUGGGAAUGAUAUUUACUGGAAAAAGGCAGAGCGCGUGAUGAAAGUUCUGGAUGACCAGAAGAUGGAGGGUGGUCUACUGCCCAUUUUCGUGCAUCCCAGCCACGGGCUCUUCACAACCAGGGAGAUCCGGCUCGGAAGUCGAGGUGACUCGUACUAUGAGUACCUGGCGAAGCAGUACCUUCAAACAGGCGAAGUCAUAUAUCGUGAUAUGUGGGAAGAUGCCUUGGGUGGCAUUGCGAAACACCUCGUCACGACAACGCGAAACGCAGCACUGAAGUUCGUGGCGGAGCUUCCCACCGGCGUGGGAGGGCCGCUCUCUCCAAAGAUGGACCAUCUCGUCUGCUUUCUCCCAGGCACAAUCGCCAUGGCUGCAACAGAAGGGCGGCCUCUUGCGGAAGCGCGUCGUGACCCGGGCUGGACGCCUCAGCAUGAAGACGACAUCGAGCUUGCGAUAGAGAUCAUGAAUACCUGCUGGGGCAUGUACGCCGUCACCGACACCGGCCUCGCCCCUGAGAUUGCGUGGUUCAACGCCACGGAAGCAGACCUUCAGCCCGGACCCGGCGACAGAUGGUUGCGGAAAGAAAGUAACGCGCUGUCAAAAUGGAAAAAGGACUUCAUUAUCAAGCCUCUAGACGCUCACAACCUGCAAAGACCCGAGACGGUAGAGAGUCUGUUCAUGAUGUACCGCAUCACUGGCAACGCCAUGUACCGAGAAUGGGGCUGGAAGAUUUUCCAGUCGUUUCAGAAGCAUGCUCUAGUGCCUGACGGGGAGGGUUACACCAGUCUAAAUGAUGUGCGGACGGUGCCCGCGGCGACGAGGGAUAAUAUGGAGAGUUUCUGGCUGAGGUCGUCUUCAACACGGAAGCCCAUCCUUUUCCAAGGUUUACGCCACGGAGCUCAUUAA